AUGUCUUCCGCUUUCACCGCAUCGUCCCUGUCGUCCCGCAUUCCCACCAGUCUAGCGUCGACGCUCCCUAGACACGUCAGCAGCAGCCGCGUCUCGCGGCUCGUCGUCCGAGCCUCCAGCGAUGACGAGGAAUUCGAGGCUCGUCUGGAGCGCCUAAGGCGGAAAAACGCGAGCGGAACGGGGAAAAAGGCGGAGGAGCGGAAAGCCAAGGCCAGCGGAGACGCUCCGCCUGCUUCCGCCUCGUCAUCCGCUUCCUCCACGUCAGACGCCACGUCAGCAGCUGCAGAAGCAGCUAAAAUCGCCGAGAUCCUGCCUCCUCUUCCACUGAAGGAUCCCGUUUCCGACGGGUUACCAGUUUUGCUCGGAUUUUCUGCGUACACGGAGAGAUUGAGCGGACGGCUCGCAGCCAUUGGAUUGGCCGCUCUUGUCUCGGUGGAGCUCGCAUCUGGAUCGUCCAUUUUGGAGUACCACGACGGCGCGACACUCGCCGUGCAGGUGUAUUUUCUCCUGGGGCUCGGCGCGCUUUACGUCAAGUAUGAGAAGGACAAGUCGAGCGUUCUGCCGAAGAAGCAAGGGCAUUGUCGGUGCACUCAGUUGUGCACUCCCUCAUUCUCACGAUCCCCGCCUGGCCUCUACGACCCUCGCUCUCUACCAACCCAACCCCCUCCCACCCUCCCUCCCGGACACCUCCUCUUCCCCCCCCUUUUCCCCACACACUCCCGUCCCCCUCCCCCUCUCUCUCACGUCACGUCACUCCUCGCCCUCUUCGAUUUUCACUGUCCUUCAAUCAUCCAACUCCCCAGCUCUUACCCUUGCAUUAUUCACUUCCUUCCCCCCCUCCCACCCACUCCUCUCCUGCGUGGCACCUUCCUCGUAGUUUCCUGUCUCUCAUCCUCCUCCACCCCUCUCUCUGCUCCCCAUCCUCUCGCGUCAUUCCCCCCACCUGUCCCGUCUCUCCGCUCCCCCCCCACCCCCCCCCCUCCCUUCUCUCUUCCCCUUCUCGCCCCCUCCUCUCUCCUUCUCUCUCCUCUCCGCCCCAUCCUGACUCCUCUCUCCUCCUCUCCCCUCAUCUCCCCUCCCCUCCUCUCCCCUCAUCUCCUCUCCCCUCCUUUCCCCUCAUCUCCCCUCCCCUCCUCUUCCCUCCUCUCCUCUCCCCUCCUCUCCCCCCUUCUUCCCUACUCCCCUCUCCCCUCCUCUCCCUUCCUCUCCCCUCCUCUCCCCUCCAUCCAUCCCUUACACACUCUCUUGCUCCCCCUCUCUCAUCAUCGCAGUCAUCACACCUGUUAUCUGUGA